UCACGUCUCCCGCCAACCCCCCGUUAUUUCUCGGCGUGUCGCGUUUCGAAACCCUCUGAAGAACCCUAAACCCUCCUUUCUCUCUCUGUCUCUCUCACAUUCACACUAGCCAUGGCUGCUGAUGACUCAUCCGAAUUCCAGAUAGGAGCCCACGUGGAGGUCACGAGCCCAGUCCACUCCAUGCGCGGCUCGCUUUUCCCGGCCAAAAUAGUCGCCGCCUCCGCCGAUCGUGCCAAAUUCACCGUCGAAUACGACCGAUUCAAGACCAAGCUCUACCGCAAGGUCACCGGAAAAAAGUCGCUGCGGGACGAGUUCCACGUGGCGCUCCUCAGGCCGCCGCAGCCGCGGGAAGAGGGCUACGCCUUCAAGCGAAACGACGCCGUCGACGCUUUCAUGGCCGGCGGGUGGUGGGAGGGAGUGAUCACUGAGGAGCUGGGCGGCGCGCGUUUCGAGGUGUUUUUUAGGUUUGUGAAGCAGAGAGUUGAGUUUGAGGCGGAUGAGCUGAGGCUUCAUAGGGAGUGGGUCAGAGGGGCUUGGGUUCCUCCUCUGAGAGAAGAAGAGAGGGAUGUGUCAAAUACCAAGGACGAAAAGACACAGAUGAAGGAAGAAAUUGGAGAAGGGACAGAAGUUGAGGUUUCCAAUGAUGAAGAUGGAUUUCAAGGCUCCUGGUUUGCGGCAAGUGUUGUCCAAGUAGUGGGGAAGGACAGAUUUCUCAUUCAGUAUAAGAGCUUAAAGACGGAUGAUGGUAAAGAGUUUUUAACAGAAGAGAUUGAUGCACAACACGUAAGGCCUUGUCCGCCUGAAACUGUUAUGGUUGAUUGUUACAAUAUGAAUGAAGAGGUUGAUGCUUACUGGAAUGAUGGAUGGUGGGAAGGUAAGAUAUGUAAGGUGCUGCUUGGGGGAAGGUACAAAGUUUACUUUGAGGGUACUGAUGAUAAAAUGGUGUUUGACCACUCUGAUUUAAGGCCACGCCAAGUUUGGAUAGAUCGAACUUGGGUUAUGGCUUCUCAGGCACUCAUGCAGUGAAGUAUCGCAGAGAGCUUUCCAUUCCAUGAGGUUACUGCAUUUAACCGAGACUUGACAGUAACAUUACUAAUGUAGGCUAUCUGGUUAAAGAAGUAAAUGUAGGCUAUGACUUUGUGUAUACAGUUCAUGGAUUCAAGAUUUAGGACUGGAGCAUUUGACCGAUAAUGUUAAUGAUCGCUGAUGUGCUAGUUUUUAUCUGGACAUUUUGUUGCAACAAAACUUAUCUGCUUUGGAUCCUCUUUUA